UUUGCCGUUGGGCUGCGGGUGGUGAACUGUUUGACGGUUUCCAUGGCAAUCUGAAGCGCCUGUCAAUCAAGCACCACAGCUCAGCACGGAAGAGUCAAGUUUAGCAUCGAUGUUAAGUCUCCGCGUUUGACUACCGAAAUCAGUCUUAACCAGUGGACACUGAGGAUUUGUGUGUCUCUAUGGUACUGCUGUAUGACACUGGAUACUUGUCUUCAGCAAUAGGUAAUGGCUGGCAGAGGCUACGGCAGAGCAGACAGAGAUGCAGAGGACACAGAUGAGCUUCUUUACACAGAUCUUCACAGCAGUGUGUCUGGACUGGACUCUCCUCCUCUCAAACUGGACUACUGUGACCUUCUCCUAGAUGCUAUUGAUGCUCAGCUUGGUCAGCUGCAGGUCCAGCCCCAGAAACAUCAGGUAAUUUCUAGAGAGCAUGAUCGCAGUGAUGCAGCUCUUCUCAACUGGAGAUCACUGAGCAAAGACACAGGACUUGGGAGUACUACUCAAACAAAUGACACUCCUACUUCUUGUCUUGAUUUGAUGUACACUUACUCACACGCAAUGGAGCAAACAUCAGAGAGUAGCAGAGGCUGCCAGGCCGGUCCCAUUACUCAUGACAAAACUAAACUGAGGUUAGACAGAAGGACAAGAGACAAAGAGGAAAUAGAGACUCAGAGGGAGCAGGUGAUGUGGAGGCUCCAGAGGCUCCUUGGAGACACCUGUAACGAGGGAGGGAUGACAGGAGUAACCCAGCCUCCUUCAGACAGCAUCUGCACUGAGGACUUUGUCAGAUGCUUCAGAGAUGAAAUGGUCGAAUUGACAUUGCCAGUGAAUAAUGUGCAGCAACUUGACGAAGAGGCUGAAAGGACAGAGAUACUAGACUGUGAUACUUCCCCGGGUGAACAAAAAGGACACUGUAUUCUUAAUGUUGACAGAAGAGGAACAGCAAUGACUGGGGAAAGCAAUAAAGAAAAAAACACAGAGACUGCUCACUAUUGUCAAAGAAAGGAACUGGAGAAAUGUGUUUAUGACAGCUAUGGAGUUAGUGAAUCAGGAGCAGGAGAGACCUACAACACUCCACAUAGGCUUGGUGAUGAUGGCAGUUGCAUCCACAGAACAGAAGUUGUAACAGAACAUGAAACCCUGCAGCAGAGCAGCAGUUCUCCUAAGACCAGGAGCUUGGCAGGAUGGCGCUCUCGCAUGCAGUCUGUCAUGGCCAUGGACCACUACUGCACCGACCAGAGUGACUAUGCCACACCCACACCAGAGGAAAGAGAACCUCUAUCUACAUCAGCCCAAAAAUCAUCUUGUGGAAACGUACAAAACCGAAAUCCUGCUCUCCGUAAAGCAGAGCGCAACAAGAGAGAAACUUACAGACUUGUGUGUUCUUUGGAGAACAAUGACAACAACACAGAUGAGGAAAUGAAUCACUGGAGCAGUGGAUGCCGGGCUGAGAGGAAGUCAGAGAAGAUGCACUCUGAUUGGGCAAAGAUGAAAAUGCGCCUCUCUACACUCCGACAAAAAUGUGAGCAGGAGGAGCAGACACUCCAGGACAAGAAGACUCAGUUACAAGAUGUCGAGGUCUGCCUUUCUGAACUUCAACAAAGAAGAAAGCAUGCUUUGCAGGACUUAGAGAAACUGACUGUAGAGACAGCAAAAAUGGAGAAGGAGAGGAAGACUCUGGAGUUGGUUCUGAGAGACAGCAGGGCAGAGAAAGACUCUGUUAGUUGCCAGCUGCAUGAGCUGCAGAGACAAAGAGAGUCCUGCAUCCUCGAGGUAAGAGACGUGAAAGAAGAACUUGCAACUCUGAGUCAAAGUAAACAGACUCUGAAGGAUUCGGUCUUCACGGAGAGGCCCAGUGUCGUCAUGUCAGUGCUGGAGAGAGAGGAGAUGGAAAGACAGCUGGACAACGCCAAAGCAGAACUGUUUGCUGAACAGCGACGUGCAAGAGAGAAGCAAGAGUCCUUGCAAGAAAAGUUGGAGGAGACCUGUGAGGAGCUCCAGAGGGUCACGGAGGCGGAGAGCUUACUCAGGAACAGCUGUGCUCAUCUGGAGGAGGAACAGAGGCAGAAAAAGGAUCACAUCGAGGCAGUAGAGUGUCAAGUAAGCGAGCUGCAGGGUGAACUGGGAGAAUGCAAGAUCAGAGUGGGUACUCAAGAGAAGAUGUUGGCCCAGAAGGAGCUGCAGGUACUAGAUUUACAGGAACAACGUGGGGCUUUACAAGCAGAAAGUGAUGGACUGAAGGGGGAGCUACAACGCCUGGAAACCCAGCACUGCAAUGCACAGAAAGAGGCCCAUGAGCAUGCUCAUAGAUUGAUGGUGGCAGCAUUAAAGCAGCAAAAGAAAGAAUUGGCAUUGGCUCAUGAGCAGCAAAUGCAAAAGGUUAAUAAGCAGACUAAGGAGGAAAAGGCAAACGCGUUGAAAGAACAAGCUCUGUCUCACACACGACACAUUGAGGCCUUGAAAAAUUCCAUCCAGCUAAAAGAAGAAGAGGCAAAGAAGCUGAGGGAUUCUCUGGAGCAGCAGAAGCAGGAGGCAAAGAACCGGGAAGAAGAGCUGCAUGUAGACGCUUUGGAAAAGGUGCACAAAGCAGUAGAGGAGGAGAGGAAGAAGUGGGAGGCAGAGAAAGUGGAAGCAGUGCAGGUGCACUGUGGGAUACUGGAAGAGCAGAAUAGAAAGAGGCUGAAAAGCAUGAGGAGUGAGAUGCAGCGAGAGAAGAGUAAAGCACUGGCUCUUCAACAUAAAAUGAUGGAACUAGAAACUAGAGUGCAGGAGAUGGAGGGUGAAAGCUGUGCGCAGCAGCGAGAGCAGGACUCUUUGCUGGCUGUUAUUUGCAAAUCGCUGAAAGAAGAGCAUCAGGCUGAGCAGAAGAAGUUGCAGAGACAGAUGGCACAGGAGAGUCAGAGGGCAGUGCUGCGGCUCCAGCAGGCUGUUGAGCUGGCAGAGAAAGAGGCCGACAGGCUCCGGGUGAUGCUUGAAGAAAGGGAGAGGAACCAUAACCAAAUCACAGCUGAACUGGACCAGCAGCUCAGGCACUGGAACAUGGAGCUGGGAGCAGAGUGCCAACAUCUACACCUCUUAGUGGAGCAGAGUGGCGCCAAACAAAGUUCUGUGCACCUAACUCCCAGUCCUACAGCAGCUGAGGCUCUAACAAACCUGAGAACACUAAGAGAGCAGUUGAAGCAACUGAUCAACCAUCUACAACAGGAGCUUGAUUCACAGAAACAAACCACCGAGCAGCUGAGAAAAGACAAGGAGCGCGAAUUGAGCAUCCAGAGGCAACAGCUGAGGAUGAACAGAGACCAAGCCUUGGAUUCUCUAAAGGAGCGUCUCAUUCAGGAGCACAUUGAGGAGUUAAGCAGUCUGAACUGGCCUCAUAUGUGUGAUGGAGGGGCUGAGGGAGGAGGAGUGGCAGCAUCACUUCGCAAACAGCUGAAGGCCAAAGACCUGGAGCUCAGGCAGGUUCAGAGGAGCAUGGGUCAGUGGAAGGAACAGACUGCAGCGCGUCUGGCGUGCAAGUUUGAAGAAGAGUUGACAGCAGAACUAGAAAGGUGCAAGACAAAGUUGUUAAGGUGCAGAAAACCAUCAAAGACUCAAGAGGAGAGUUGGAGAAAGUGUGAGAGGCCUGAAGGACAGAUGGUGUUUAGUGCAAAGGAAGCUCAGAAUUCGGUUUGCUCUGCUUCCCUCCAUGUUGUGGCCUCUGCUGCCUCCCACAGCCCCUCAGACGUGGCUUCAUUUAAGCUUCUCCGUUACCUCCAGAGCAGAGUCAAGCAGCUCCGCGUAGAAAACCAGGCCUACAGCCAGAGCCUACACCCAGAGCCUUCAAAUACAAGCCCUUUAGAUUUGCCCGGAUCCUAUCUUACAACAAAGCACCACAAGAAACAAGACACAUCAUCCCAAACUAGCUGCUUGUCCUCUAUCACUCAAGGUCAAGACGUUACUGGGAUUCAGAGUCACUCACCAGUCAGGACUGUCUUCAGUUAAGGACAGGCAGCCUGUGUGUGUUGCAAACACCAGUAAUAUAAUGUAAUGUCUUUCAAGCUAUUUUCUGUGGCCAUAGAAAUGAAUCAUUUACGGUUACGUGUACUUAGGAUGGCAGGUUAACAAGCAGGUCACAGUGACAAAUUACACAACCCAAGAUUGAGUCAUUUAGUUCACAUUUUUUCUGUGUUAAGGCAGUUUAAUUUCACAGCUUCAGCUUACAAUAACCUGUGAAUAGGCAAUAAACUGACAUUUCACCAAAGACCAUGUGAGUUAUGUCAGAGAACCUCAUAAAGCAGACAGGUCUUUAUGGGAAUACUAUGUAUGAUCAUAAAAGAUGUUAAAUUGUACAAAAAAAAGGUUUGUAGAUUGCUGGCAAGUUCAAACUAAAUUAUGUCAUUAGCCUUUAAUAUAACGACUUAACUGACUUUGUGAAAAUGUUUUGUCUUAAUGUAAAAUAAUCCACUGGAACUAAUGUCAAAUAUUUUGCUAUAAUCAUUAGUUAGCCAUGCUUCUGUUUUACAAUGUGUCUCAGCAGGCUGGAGUAGUUGUGUUGUUGGAUCUCCCUGUGAGAUCAAAAAUGUUUAAGAAUGUAGGACCAGCACCUAUUUAUAAAAAAAUUUGCCAAAUCAUAAUUGUCAGCAUUGUUAUCAGAGCUGGCCCCAACUGAACUGAUAAAUAAAAAUCAUCCUCAAUUAAAACAAUGACAUGGCUCUAAUUCACUUAAAACAGUAAAUCAUUUAAUUUUGAUGGACAAAUUUGAGUUCUUUUUUUAAAACCUAAUAGUUAAUUGAUUAAAACCUUACUUAGCUAAUUUUUUAUCAAAAAGUUAUGUAUGUAUGCAUAUGGUCACUUUCACAGGAGUUAGUCCUGGACCCCUACUCUUCCUGGAGUGAAGAUAACACAAUGAUUACACGGUUCACCAAACAAGACGAUUGCUUUCACUUCACUGAAGUAAGAGUGUGUUCAACUAUGCCAUGCAGAAUCUCUACAUGGACAAUGUAAGAGUUUAUUCAAAAACAAAUAAAAAAUCUGAACACAUGAUGGCUGGUUGCAAUUCUGGUUAUUUAUUUAUGAAAAUACAAUCAAAUCAUAAAUAAAUGUGCAUUUCCAUGACUCCUUUACGAAUAUCUCAAAGCUCACAGAUGGCAUUCUUGCUAAGCAUUAUAUGAAGAUAAACGUCUAUCACAACAAGAACAAAAGCAAGCAGGAAGCUGUGCGCAAAUGUGAACACACAGUAAUAGUUAGUGUCCUGGCAAUGAUAUUCGUAAGCUUAACAUAAAAACUGUACAAAAUUCAGAUGCUGCACCAGAUGUUUAACACAGAACAAAGUCAUAUUAACCCUUGUUUUGUCCUCCCGGGUCAAAAACUGACAAGAAUUUGAUAUUGGAAUGAAAGUGACCAAUUGUAUGUUGUGUUGUAUGGAAUCCAAUCCAUUUUUUUGUGGUAAUUUGGUUAAAAAGAAACCCAUAUUUCAGAUACAGACAUUUUUUAAAGAGGUCAAAUUUGACCCGAGGACAACAGGAGGGUUAACAGUACACCAGUGUGUUGUUGGUCAGGCUUUGGCCAAAAUAUGUACAACGUUUCUUAUUUCUAAUGGCAAAAGUUAAUUCUGUACUAUAUUUAAAUUGGUUAUGUAAGGCCGUCUUUAGAACUUUUCAAAGUUUUGAGAUCAUGACAGGUGUCUUGGAGAUUUAAAUAAAUAAUACUCAUUAAGUCAGCGUUAUUGUUACAUAGUUGUAUGUGAUUAUAUUGAGAAAAAAACUAAACUGAGUGACUGUAAAGCAAAAGAUGUGUUGCACAACUGUC